AUUGAUCCAGUGAAUUGGAGAUGGCGCUGUCUACAGCGUGAGCAGAGUUAGCAGCCAAAGUUUGGAGAACACAGGAAAGUUCGCUGGAGUAGAGGCGUCUAGCGAUUCAACCAAGAGUUUUUCUUCACAUCAAUGCCAGCCGGACAGCGCCGAGCAGGCUGUGGGAGACGCUAUGUAACGCAACAUUUGUUGUCAUGAAUUAAUAGUGUUUCAGGAUUAACUGCGUUUUUUGGGGUACUUUGACUGCAAGGAUUCAUUACCGACGCUUGUGCUGUAGCGCUUUCAGCAGGGUACGUGGGAUUCAGCCGUAUUUAUCACUGUAAGUAAAUGCGAUGCACAACUCAGUGGGACCGUAUUACACAAUUAGAUGAUCAAGGCGUGUUUGUUUUCGUGAGAAUGAACUACCGAAGGGGACAUCACACAGGAUAUUUAUAAAACAAUGAACGACCCCCGCGACAAGGACUUGACACCGAUUUCUAGGAAGCACCGACUCAUGGCUGCAGUUCUACCGGGGGAAGAGAGUGCAUUGCCCGGGAACGGCUCAAGACUUGACAGAAACGGGAUAGGACUGAUCUACUGUUUUAUUUGCGGAGGUAGUGUUACGACCGGGAAAGAACUGAAAUUGCAAGUGAAGUACCAAAGAGAAAGCGGUCCGUUUUUCCCGUUUCUGCAACACCAGGAGCCAGCCCCUGGGGCUGACGGAGUUUCCCUAGAUGGAUGUGUGCUGGCGUGCGCUGUGUGCCACUGUUUUCUCGGUGAGCAGUGGAACUCAUUCGAGAGAUCCAGGACACCGAUAGAAAAACGCAUGUACUGGUUGAAAAGGCCGUAUCAGUGUGACUCUCGGCGAAUACCCCAAGAGUGGAACAUUUCCUAUGAUCUGGAGCGGAGGAUAAGUGUCAGCAGUCAGAAUUUUGACGCACCUGAAUCCGAUUUUUCGUCCUUUUCCGAAAAUGACAUGUCGGACCAAGAGAUAGAUUCAACGGAAAGACCCGGGACGACCAAGGAAAAGUGUUUUAAAAUAUCCGCAAAUAGCAAAACUUCCAAAGAAGGUACCAGAAAAAGCAACGAUGUGAGUAUAAAAAGCAGUCCCGAUUCUCAGCGGGGAAUCCGGUACACUGUCGGUGGCUAUGUUGCACAAGACGCACAGAAAUCGGAAAGUACUUUGCCGCUUAGGCGUUCUGCUCAAAUUAUGAAUCAUGUGUCUCAAUCCUCGGUGUCUCUGGCUCAGUUCCAGGAGUUCCUGCCACAGCGCUGUUAUGACACUCCUUCUGUCGCGACACCUGUGCAAGACAACGGAAUCAUUAUACGCAACAAGCAGUGGCUACCGGAGGAGAAUGUCAAACAUCCAGACCCGCGCCAGCACACUGCCGACAGCAGCUGUAACUCCAGGCAUCCUCUGGUUCUGUUACGCAAACGUCAUAAAGCAGCAGAUGUUGCUGGUGCUGCCGCUGCGCUGUCACCGACUGGCGCCCAGGGCGCUUCCGACGCGCGCGUCCCAAAGGAAAGUGACCCCUGCAAGUCAAGUGACGGCGCUAACCACGCCCGCGAUUCGGACUCCGACGACAAUGAAAUAAAUAUAACAAGUGACGACGACAGAGACCCGCCUGAGCCUGGCGGCGGGAGAGAGCGAGCAGUGGCGCUGAUCAGGCAGCAAAGGGAGUCGGGAAGUGUAAUCGCGAAGCCCCAGAGCCGCAGUGCUGUGGAGGAGCGCGUGUGCUACAUCUGUGGAAGCGCGCUGUCCCAGACAAACCAGUUCAGAGUGUAUGUGCAGAAACAGGAGAGGACCGUUAAUGAGCCUUUUUUCCCCUUCCUGUGGCUGCACAGCCCUCCUCCUGGGGCCCUGCCCUUGAGCCCCGGAGGGUGCACCCUGGUCUGUGCCUGCUGCCACUCCUCCCUCAUGCAGCAGUGGCAGGGCUUCGAGCUGGCCAGCGUGCCCGUGCUCCAGCGCCUCUACGUCGUCCCCCUCAACACGGGAGCCGGGGUCCAGCAGUCCCAUCCUCGGGAGAGCCGCAAACCCGAACCGGAGCCGGAGCCUGAGCCCGCCAGGGAGGCCUGCUUCCUCUGCGGGCAGGACUGCAGCAAGGACGUCAAAGUGGCCUACGCCAAGGCGGGGCCGGGCAAGGCCCGCGGCGCCAUGCACUUCCCCUUCAUCAACCUCCUCCCCUGCCCGCCCAACGCCAGGGGCGUGAGGAACGGGAAGGUGCACUGCUGCAGGACGUGCCACGGCGUCCUGGACGACAUCUGGGCGGCCUACAGGCUGUGCAUGAGCGAGGAGCUCAUCACCUCCGUCAACACCUUCCUGGCCCGGUACCACCAGGCCGUGGGCGGCGGGGGGUCGGCCUAUCAGAGCGGCUGCCUGAGCCUGCCCUCCGCCCACCCGGGCCACACCUCCGUGUGCUACCUGUGUGGGGCCGAGCUGGGCGCCGGCGUGGAGUUCCAGCUGAACGUCAACCCCCCCGGCCGCUGCGGCGAGGGGGAGCCCUUCUUCCCCUUCCUGACCGUGCACCCGCCGGCCCCGCGGGCCAAGCCGGCCGACUCCACGGGCCUGGUGUCCACCUGCGUGCUGUGCUACCACGACCUGCUGGGCCAGUGGGCCCAGCACGAGAGCCGGGGCGGCCAGCCGGCCAGCAGCCCCUGGGCCCGGCAGUACAGCUGCGACACCUUCGUCUGCUUCUUCUGCCGCCAGGAGAAGCGGCGCUGCCUGGGCCUGAAGAUGGUGCACGUGGCCCGGCUGCCCGUCUUCCUCUACGCGCCCCGGGUCAGCCACACUCUGGUGGUGGAUGACGGGAAGAAGCUGACCAUCGCGUCCUGUGUGGAAUGUAAAGCCAUGGUCCUGGCCGGGCAGAACAUGAAGCAGAACCACCUGAAGGACGGCAACCCCUCCCCCAGCAAACACAAGAGUUCCUCGUCUUUGGCGGAGGUCGCGGCUGGGAGCAGUAAAGCCGGGGAGUCGGACCUCCACGCCGCAGCGGUGGGAGAAGCCUCUGAAGGAGGCGCAGCGCGGGAGCAGGGAGUCAGCGUCACCCCUUCUCUCCCCUCCGCCCCGGAGCCGGACGGUGUGGGCCACCCGCCUUCCAGCAUGAGCCAUGAGGCAAAGUCACCUUCCCUAGGCAUGAUCUCCACAGCCAGUCGGACCACCGCCACGGUCAGCCCCCUCACGCCGUCGCCCCUCAACGGCUCCAUCGUGCCCAAUGGCAGCCCGGCCGCCAACAGCAGCCUGCCAGUCCAGUCCGCCCACUCGGGCUUCGCCGCCGCCCUGCGCAAGCUCGCCAAACAGGCCGAGGAGCCUCGAGGGUCGUCCAUAAGCAGUGAGUCUUCUCCGGUCUCGUCCCCGGCCACCAAUCACAGCUCCCCCGUCAGCACGCCCAAGCGGGGCCCCAUGGGCCCCAUCAUCGUGCCGCCCGGGGGCCACAGCGUGCCAAGCACCCCGCCCGUCGUCACCAUCGCCCCCACCAAGACCGUCAACGGGCUGUGGAGGAGCGACAGCCGACAGGCUGAAUCAGGCCCUCGCGGGGCCAGCCGGGACCGUCUGGGCGCCGAGCCCGCCCUGCCCCAGGAGAAGGGGGGCCCCCCAGUGCCCGCGCACCUCAUCGGUAAUCCCUACGCCUUCGGCCUGACCCCCAGCUCGGUGAUGCAGGACUCCCGCUUCCAGCCUCUCAACCUGCCUCGACAGAUGGCUCACGUGGUGCCCCCUGCUGGUGUCCCAGAGGAGUACCUGCGCAGUUUCAGGCCCUACGCCACAGCCGAAGACCUGCGCAUGCCGUCGCUGCCCCUGGGCCUGGACCCUGCAGCUGCUGCGGCCGCCGCCGCCUACUACCACCCGGGCUACCUGCCCCACCCCUCCUUCCCCGCCUACAGGAUGGACGACUCCUUCUGCCUGUCUGCCCUGAGGUCACCCUUCUACCAGCUGCCCACGGGCGCUCUCCCGCCCCUGCACCCCUCCGCCGUGCACAUGCACCUGCCCGGCGUGCGCUACCCCGGAGACCUGUCCCACUCCUCCCUGUCCGAGAGGCUUCAGAUGGAGGACGAGCUCCGGCAGCGAGAGAGGGAGCGCGAGAGGGAGCGGGAGCGAGAGAGGGAGCGGGAGAAAGAGAGGGAGCGCGAGGCCGAGCGGGAGAAGGAGCGCGAGAGGGAGAGGGAGCGCGAGCGGGAGAGGGAGAAGGAGCUGGAGCGCGAGCGCGAGAGGGAGCGGGAGAAGGAGCGGGAGCGGGAGCGCGAGGCGGAGCGGCAGAAGGAGCGCGCCCGGGAGAAGGAGCUGCAGGCCUCCAAGGCCAUGGAGAGCCACUACCUGGCCGAGCUGCAGGCGCUGAGGAGCCAGGCGGAGGAGCGCGCCAAGCCCGGGGAGCGGCUGACGCCCAACAGGCCCGACAAAACCAAAGAGCCCGCCCUCCCAGCGCCGAAGCCCAUCCAGCCCGGCCUGCACCCGUCCAUGAACGCGGCCCACCACGGCGUGCCGGGCCUCAUCUCCGCCCACGCGGCGUACCUGGGGCCGGGCGGCCCGGUGCCGGGCCCUCUGGCGGCGGCCAUGAUGCUGCAGCGCACCAACGAGGAGGAGCGCUGGCUGGCUCGGCAGAGGAAGCUGCGCCAGGAGAAGGAGGACCGGCAGUACCAGGUGUCUGAGUUCCGCCAGCAGGUUCUGGAGCAGCACCUGGACCUGGGGCGGCCCGGGGAAGGGGCCGACCCGCGGACAGAGGCGCACAGGCUGAUUUCGAACCACCACGAAUCGGGCGGCCGGGACAUCCUGCCGCACCUGGGAGCCCCGCCCCCUCUCAUCUCGCCCAAGCCCCAGCACCGGGACCACCUCCCGCCGCCGCCCACCACGCUGUGGAACCCCGCCUCCCUCAUCGACACCGCGUCCGAUUCGCGGCGCGGCCACGAGCCGCCGGGCCCCGCCCACUUCGACCUGAGCCGGGCAGGCCUGGCCCUGGGCAAGCCCGAGCGCCACUUUGCCCCCGACAAGCUGGAGGAGGGGGGCAAGAGGAAGGAGGGCCCCGAAAAGUACCCCUCCCUCAGGCCCUCCGGCUUCCUGGAGCCCAGCACUUUCCUGGCCGAGCUGGAGAAGUCCACGCAGUCCAUUCUCAGCCAGCAGAGGGCGUCGCUGUCCCUGCCCAGCCAGUACGGAGACCUGGGCGGCGCACCCCACAAGGUCAGCCUGCCCUACAGGGGCCUGGCGGGCCCCGUGCGAGGGGGCCCCGACCCCGCCCUGGUUUACGACGAGUUCCUGCAGCAGCACCGGCGGCUGGUCAGCAAGCUGGACCUGGAGGAGAAGAGGAGGAGGGAGGCGCGGGAGAAAGGCUACUACUACGACCUGGACGACUCGUACGACGAGAGCGACGAGGAGGAGGUGCGGGCCCACCUGCGGCGCGUGGCCGAGCAGCCCCCCCUCAAGCUGGACGACUCCUCGGAGAAGGUGGACUUCCUGCGCACGUUCGGACUGACCACCCGCGCCCAGCGGGACGAGCUGCUGCAGCAGAAGAGGAGGAAGAGGAGGAGGAUGCUGAGGGAGCGCAGCCCCUCCCCCCCGGCCGUGCAGAGCAAGCGGCAGACCCCGCCCCCGCCGCCGCUCAGCACCCGCUACACGGCGGAGCAGAUGAACAGCGCCCCCGAGCUGGAGGACAAGAAGCGCUUCCUCACCAUGUUCAGCCUGUCCCACGUGGACAUCCAGCAGAGGAAGGACAAUGAGAAAGUGGUAGAGCUGCUGCAGGCGAUCAAACAGAAGAGUGUGACUCUGGACUCCAUCAGACACGCCCCUCAGCCCCUCUGUAAGAGUCCCUCUGCCCCGCUCUCUGCAGACCCCGCCCCGGGGCCCGCGUGCGUCGACUCGGACCGGCCGCCCGCCGCCCGGCCGCCCAGCCCCGCCCCCUCCGAGCCCCCGCGGCCCGCCGAGCCGUCGGCCCGCCCGGAGCAGCCCGCGCCCCCCCCCGCCGAAACGCAGAGACCAAAGGACCCCCCGCUGGCCCCGUUCCCCGAGAAGGCCCGGCCGAGCGAGGGUCACCCCGCCAAGAGGAGCCCCAGCCUGCUGAACAGCAUGCGGCCCCCGCCCACCCCGAAGGACGGCCCCCACAGCCUCAACGGCAAGACCAAGCCCUGGGAGAGCUUCACCGCGGAGGAGUUCGCCCAGCAGUUCCACGAGUCUGUGCUGCAGUCCACCCAGAAGGCCCUGCAGAAGCACAAAGGCGUUACCACGGGGAUGACGGAGCCCAAUCACAAGCUGGACUCCUCGGUGCACUACAACAUUCCGGAGCUGCAGGGGCCGGCCAGCAGACCCGCCCAGCCCAACGGGCAGCACUGCCCCCCGCCGGCCCACCGAGACCCCCACCGGGACCCCCCCGGGGCCCGCCACGAGCUGUCGGCCGAGGAGGACUCCGACGAGGAGGACGAGGACGAGGAAGACGAGGCUCCCGCUCCCAGGUGGCGCGGGAUCGAAGGCGUCUUCGAGGCCUAUCAGGAGUACAUGGACGAGCAAAGCAUAGAGCGUCAGGUGCUGCAGAGCCAGUGCAGGAGACUGGAGGCGCAUCACUUCAACCUGAGCCUGACCGCCGAGCAGCUUUCUCACAACAUGGGGGAGCUGAUGGCCCAGAAGCAGAAGCUGGCGUCGGAGCGGGAGAAGCUGCAGGCCGAGCUGGACCACUUCCGAAAGUGCCUCGCUCUGCCCCAGCUGCACUGGUCGCGCGGCUACUUCAAGGGCUACCCCCCGAGGUGACGUCCCUGAAGCACCGCCCUGCCCCGCCCCCCAGCCCAAGCCCCGCCCCCAACGUAGCAGACAGAGUCUAUUUUGUUACCUGGCUUAUUUAAGAAAAGGACAAAAAAAAUAUGUUUGGAGACGAGGACGGAAGGAAGCUGCAGCCAGCCCAGGAUGUGCCAUGGGUGGGGCGGGUCGUUAG